GGAAGCACACACGUGUUGGUCUUUCACUUCAGUCUUAAACAAUGCAUAGAAAAUAACGUUGUAACAAAAAAACACAGGUUUUGUGACACUUUGAUACAAUCUCUGCCUUGCGGAGUUAUUUCGGGAUGGUCUGGACAAGCAGAGUUUGUUUCCGGAAGUAUGGCAACUUUGUGGAUAAUAUUCGGCUUUAUGUGAGGGGUGGGAGUGGAGGAAUGGGUCUGCCCCGUUUAGGGGGACUUGGGGGAAAUGGUGGAGACGUUUGGGUGGUGGCCAAAAAAGACAUUACACUGAAGCAAAUCAAGGACAAGCACCCUAACAAACGAUUCACUGCAGGUGUUGGUUCAAACAGCAGUAUUCAUGCUCUGAGAGGGGCUAAAGGAGAGGACAGUCAGGUCUGUGCACCUGUUGGGAUCAGUGUUACAACGGACAAUGGGAGAAUCUUAGGAGAGUUAAACUGUGAAGGAGACAAACUUUUGGUGGCCAAAGGGGGUCACGGCGGCUCUCUUCACUCUGGGUUCUUACCCAGUAAAGGUCAAACCAGACAGAUACGGCUUGACCUUAAACUCAUUGCAGAUCUAGGACUUGUAGGGUUUCCCAAUGCAGGCAAAUCCUCUUUGCUGACUGCCCUGUCGCAUGCUAAACCAAGGAUUGCCAGCUACCCCUUUACAACUUUAAGACCUGAAAUUGGAAAAGUUAUGUAUGAUGAUCACAAGCAGGUUUCAGUAGCAGACUUACCAGGACUCAUUGAAGGUGCUCACGUAAAUAAAGGGAUGGGACACAAGUUUCUCAAGCAUGUGGAGAGAACCAAGCAGCUCUUGUUUGUGGUCGACAUCUGUGGGUUUCAGCUAGCUAGUAACACCCCUUUUAGGUCUGCAUUUGAAACCGUGAUGCUUUUAAACAAGGAACUGGAGUUGUAUAAAGAGGAACUUUUAGGAAAGCCAGCGAUCCUGGUCAUAAAUAAGAUGGACCUCCCAGAGGCGCAGGGCCUUCUCCGAGAACUGGAAGCUCACUUAGAGAACCAGGAAGAAUCAAGCCAUCGCUUUGCUGAGGAUGUCAUCCCUAAAAGCCUAAUGUGUUUCACGCAUGUCGUCCCAGUCUCUGCCACAACUGGCCUUGGUCUGCCCUUGCUCAAGUCUCUCAUCCGGCAAUCACUUGAGGAACAGAACGUCUCAGAAACUGAGGGUCAGCGCAGUGAGAGGCUACUUAAGUUGGGAAGGGAGAUUCCCACUUCAUCUAUACCUAGCUGGGGGUUUCCUCAGCCGACCUGAGAUGCCACAUACAGGUUCGGUUAUGGCAGCCCAUAAAUGAUCCUCAGGGAUACUGUUUAACAUUUGCGGAUAUGUGAAAUAUGUAAUUAUAUGAAGCUAAAGAGCAUUCAACAGAACACAAACAGCACAUUUCACUUAAAUCGGUCUAUAUUGUACAGAGUAGGAUCUGUGCCUUAUAUGUGUUUAAAUGUUGCAUACUGACACCAAAAUGCUGACCUUUGUGUCUGGGUAAGCUUUCAUGUAAUGCAUUCCUUUGAAGUUGGUUUUAGCUGCUCUCCCAGUCUGAUCAUGCUGGUCUGGUUUGCUGGUUUUAAAGGCGUUUUGGUAACUUGUCAGUUUGUCUACCAGCUAUUCCAUCUGAACAGGCUGGGAGCCAAGAUUAAAUACUGGUCAAUGCAAAAAAAUAUAUACAUUUUUAUACAUUUUACCCAACAAAGUAAGAUGGCUAAAAAUGCUCUCUGUGAAAAUUAUUAUAUUCUAUACUUAAUUCUAUAAAAAGUGACCACCUGGAGUUUUAGCCAUUGCUUGUUCUUAUUCAGUUAACCUCUCUGUUUUUCAAGGUCUUCACCAUUUUUUUUUUUUAUUUGUGUAACAGAAUCAGAGCUCUACAGCCAACUGAUUUUUCAUGCUGUUGUUUGUAAUGUAGGUGUUUUAUGCCUUCAUGAACUGUUUAAUGCUAGAUUACUCUGCACCAGAGUAAAACCAGGUAAAACACUUGCAAGUUCAAAACUAUUUUUUGCCUAUCAUAAAUGUUUUUGUCCUUUUGUCCACUUGCAGACAUGUGUCAGCUCCACCAUACGCCACUAGAUGGCACUAAAAUCUUGCAGGUGGUUUGCAGGCCAAACAAGGGCACAUAGGCUACUUUUCAUGGUAAACUCAGACAGUGGACUUAUUCAAAGGUUGCAGGUGCUUUGAUCUUUGUAAAAUUUGUAUGCAUUGUUAGAUCAUUUCAACACUCUGGAAACGACAAGAACAUGGAUUUAGUUAGAAGACAUUUUUUGUUUGGUAUCCAAAACCAGUUAACACCCCAAACCAGUUAGAACUGCAUUUUAUCCAGUUAAUAAUUUAAGUAUUAUUUGUUGUCUUGUAUCAUCCAAGAAGUUGGAGGAGGAAGGGUUGAGAGAAAGCAGGGAGAUGAAGUGAUCUGAAUGAGCAGGUUUUAUUGAAUAAUCUUAGUUCCGUCUUUUUCAGUGCUCAGCUGGACUUCAUCUGACCACAACAAAUUCAACAUGUGUUGAAUUAAUGCUAUAGAAAAUUACCGCUUCACAGCAUCAUCAUGUGAUGUUAAAUAGAAUGGAAAUGGUUUCACAAAGACAACUAUCACUUGAUACCACAUAAUCGUAAGAUUAAUCUGCAAUUGCAAGCAUUACAAGAGCACAGAUAAUAAAAAUAAAUAUCAACAGAUGGUUAAAUGAUAUGAUAAAUGAUUAUCAAUUGGAAAAAAAAAACGGUUUAGUAUCUGUAUGUAAAUAUACAGUAUGGAUUCUCUCAUUAAGGUUCACACAGAUUGUUAGAAUUUAAUUCCUUUCAGCAUUUUCUCCACAUUCAAACUCAUUUAAACAUUUGAAUAAUAUAGUCAUAUUAGGUUAUUACUUGCAAAAUUGGUUUGUGAUUCAUACAAGACAUUCACAUAAUUAUUUUGGGCACAUUUAACAUUUUGUAUAGCAAUUUACAACCAAUAAUGUUUAUUCAUUGACUGCAAUAUUUCAACCAUACCUAACAAUAAAGUUUAUCAUGGAAAU